UAAACUUUUUAAUAAAAAUGAACUCUGUUGCAAGAAAACUACUCGUUGGAGGAAAUUGGAAAUCUCAUGGAUCCCUCAAGUUUGUCAAGAACUUUGCUAAUGACACUUUGAAUAAGAUUGUAUACGACACAAGCAAGGUCGAGAUCGUUAUUGCUCCUGUAUCUAUUCACUUGAAGGAUGCUCAAGAGCACAUCGCCAACAACAUUCACAUCUCUGCUCAGAACAGCAGUGCUUUCGAGGAUGGAGCUUACACUGGAGAGAUCAGCGCUUCCCAGUUGGCUAACUUCGGAAUUGGCUGGACCAUCCUUGGUCACUCUGAGAGAAGACACAUCCUCGGAGAGUCUAACACCUUUGUUGCAUCCAAGGUAAAGAUUGCUGAUGAAUAUGGACUCAACACUAUUGCUUGUAUUGGAGAGACUCUUGACCAGAGAGAAGCUGGAGAUACCAUCAAGGUCUGCACUGACCAACUCGAUGCCAUCAGAGCUCAAGUUGAUGACUGGAGCAGAAUCGUUAUUGCUUAUGAGCCAGUCUGGGCCAUUGGAACUGGAAAGACUGCCACCUCUGAACAAGCUCAGGAAGUUCAUGAACAAAUUAGAGCUUGGUUGAAUGAAAACAUUAGUGAAGAAGCUGCUAACAACACCAGAAUCCUCUAUGGUGGAUCAGUCAAUGCAGGUAAUGCUGACGAGCUUAUCCAGAACCCAGACAUUGAUGGAUUCCUUGUUGGAGGUGCUUCUCUCAAGCCAGAGUUUGAAUCCAUUGUUAAGGCUUGUAACGAUGUAUCCAAGUAAUCACUAAUGGUUAUUCUGAAUAUGAUCUGCAAAAUAUUUC